GAUCCACGUGAUUGGAAGAAUCAAGAUCAAUAUGAUGUCUUGGGGAUCUCUUCACUCAGAUGGAGAGCCACUCCUGAUCAAAUCAAACGUGCUCAUCGAAAGAAAGUCUUACGUCAUCAUCCGGAUAAGAAAGCUGGACAAGCUGGCAAUUCAAAUGACGAUAGUUUUUUCAAAUGUAUUGCUAAAGCUUACGAAGUUCUUUCUGAUCCGGUCAAGAGACGUCAAUUUGAUUCAGUUGAUGAGAUGAUAGAUGAUACAGAUCUUCCAUCUGAUAAAGAUAUACUGGCUAAACCUGAAAGGUUUUAUAAAGCCUAUGGUUCAGUCUUUGAACGUGAAGGAAGGUUUAGUACUAAACUUCCGGUACCUGAUCUAGGCAAUGAGAAUAGUACGCGUGAUGAGGUAGAAGCCUUUUACGAUUUUUGGCUCAAGUUUGAUAGUUGGAGAAGUUUUGAAUGGAAAGAUAAAGAUGCUAAUGAAGGUUCUGAUUCACGUACAGAGAAGCGUCAUAUUGAGAAUAAGAACCGAUCUGAACGUGAACGUCGAAAGAAAGAAGAUAACGCUAGACGUCGUGGGAUCGUUGAAACGGCUCUGGCUUUGGACCCUCGUAUG